AUGUUUGGAAGCAUGCACCGGAGCGACGACACCUCGCAACUGCCAACAUCGACCUCAGACCCGGGUUUGAGAAAUAUAGACAUGAAUGGUCCUCCGAUCGCCACGGCAUCUUCCGUAAGUUUUUCAAUUUUUUUAAACUUUUUUUUUACUUAUACAGUUUCGUCUAAUUUCAGAACACUUCAGUAACAUCUUUAUCUUGGGAACUACGGGUUCAAGCCUUCUCUGGCUUGUUUAUUCUCUCAAUAAUCAGCUCACUUUGCGUAAGAUUCUGAAAAAUGAUGGAUCAUUUGAAAGAAACAUUUUUCAGGGCAGUUAUUUAAUGGUAUUGAUGAAGAUAACGGGAUUUUGCAUAAUGACCUCAAUAAGUGCAGUUUUAUCUCUGGCUAGCACGUGUUUUUUAAUGGGCCCAGUCGGCCAGUGCAAGAAAAUGUUCCAUCGGAGCCGUUGGAUCGCCUCCUCGCUUUACCUGUUGAUGAUUGUAUUAACUCUGUUCGCAGGUGACUUUCAAUUAAUGUGUGUAAAUAUUCAAACUGUUUAUUUAUUUAAUAGGUUUGGCGCUGAAAAAUGUGUCGCUCGCGAUUAUUUGCACAGCGGGGCAGUACGUCGCGAUGGCUUGGUACUCAUUGUCCUACAUUCCCUACGCGAGGUUCCUCUACUCUUUUUGAUUCAUUAUGAGAGUAUUGUUUCAGAGAAGCCGUCAAAAGGAUCUUCUGCUGA